ACGUAUGUUGCGUAUGUGAUUCGUGUUGUAGCGAAGUAUCGAGUGUAAUCGGAAAUUACUAUUUUAAUCGCUCGGACCGAUAAAUCGACGUUUAUUCGUAUUAUUUUAUGUCAAAAGUCGUUGGUACACGCGAUCGAAAUUUUCAUUUACGCGGUUGUCUUUGUCAAGUAAUUAUUUUCUAUCGGAGUAAAUUUCGCAAGGUGCGAAGUUCGUUAAGAACUGUUUCGACAAGGAUGCAACGAACGACCACAGGUGGUAUUAAGUAUUGAAAGUAAAUAGGAGCCAUCUAAACAUUAAACAUGUUUGGGCAAACGGGAAAUACAUCGUUCGCCGGUUUCAAUAAUGCAACACAAACCAGUCCAUUUGGGCAGUCAGCGUUUGGUAAAGCGAUAGCUACAACGAGUUUUGGCAGUGGCGCAACACCAGUCUUCGGUAGUAGUAAUACUUCUCUCUUUAGUUCAAAGCCAACAGGCUCUACCACGGGUGGCUUGUUCGGCAAUACUACAACACCACCUGCAUUUACUCAGCCAUCUUUUGGAGGUUUUGGAACAACCAAUACAAAUACCAAUCUAUUUGGCAGUCAACAAACUCCAAGUACAAGUCUGUUUGGUACAAAUGCAGCAACUUCAGCUUUUGGACAGUCAAACAAGCCAGCUGGAUUUAGCUUUGGCACAACAUCUGGACCAAAUUUAUUUGGGCAACCGCAACAACCGACUCAACAGACCACUCCUUUUGGACAAACUAAUACCACUGGAAAUACAAAUUUGUUUGGCACGACGUCGGGAUUCGGCAAUACAAAUGUCGCCACCACAAGUGUUACCGGCACUGUCGUUAAAUUUACUCCCACCAUCACUACGGAUUCUAUGUCGAAAAAUGGUAUAUCUCAUAGCAUAUCAGCAAGACACUAUUGCAUCGCAUCGAUGAAAGAGUACGAAUCGAAAUCGUACGAAGAAUUACGGUUCGAGGAUUAUUCUGUGGGACGAAAAGGAUCCAGUACAGGAAUUUUUGGUUCGCCUGCACAACCUUCACCUUUCGGCAAUGCAGGGGCAGGUACUAAUACUGCAACGACGGGUUUCGGUGGAAUAAGUGGCGGUUUUGGAACGACCACUCAGUCUGGGUCAAGUGGUUUGUUUGGAAAGCCAAUGACAAGCUUCGGGACACCAUCGACAACAACUACAAAUAGUUUCGCUUUCAAUUCUGCUCCGAGCACAAGUCUGUUCGGUAGUAAUACACAGGCCAAACCCUUUGGUACAGCGGCACCGACACCACUCUUUGCAACCAGCAAUACUAACCAGACGGCCGGUACGAGUUUUGGUGGCAUUAAUACAGCUCAGAACACUGGCUUCGGAUCUACGUUCGGAUCAACGCAACCGAACCAGAAUAUUGGUUUAUUUAAUCAGAACAAAUCGGCUUUCAAUCCACCGCCUACGUCAUCCAGUACUGGUUUCGCCAGCUUUGGUCAAACACCCGCUAGCAAUACAGGCACAACCUUGUUUGGUGCUAAACCUACCGGAACUGCAGGUUUUGGAGCACCUACUUUCGGUUCGACUACGGCAUCGACUUUUGGAGCUACAACAGGUUUCACUCCUGGUCAAAACUCUGGUACUUCAUUGUUUAAUACAUGUUUUAAACCUGCAGGACAGACGUCUGGAUUCUCUUUUGGUUCUGCUUCUGCGCCUUCCACUGGACUGGGUACGAAUACGGGUUUGACAUUGGGCAGCGGUUCUACUUUGUUUGGUCAGCAGAAACCAGUUAGUUUGUUUGGCAAUACUGGAACCAACACAGCAUUCAAUUCAUCGGUACCCUUCGGAUCUUCAAGUUUUGGGAACAAUUCGAAUGUGGGAGCUGGCAUUGGAAUGGGGUUACUGGGUGCCGGUGCCAUGAACAAUCAAAUGAAGAGCACGGGUACAGUACCGGUUCAUCAACAAAUUCUGGCAUUGGUGUCCGCGCCGUUUGGCGAUUCGCCGUUGUUGAAGAACCUUUUACCGGCAUCCGGCAAAACGGAAGAGCUGUUGAAACCUGCGAACGCGCCUUCUAAGAUAUUAAACGGUCCACAGUACAAGGUCACAGCAGAUAGUAAAUCUCCAAAAAUCAAAACUAAAGUGGUAACUCCUGCUCAAUUAUCAAAGAAGUCGAUGUUCGAAGGUUUGGAAGAAGAGGAUCCGCUUUCGGAAGCGUUCCAACCUCGUCCAAACGCGAAACGUUUGGUGUUACGUCCGAAGUCUAUAACCAAUUCGAUGAUAAUGUCACCGGCAGAAAAUUCACAACCUGCAGGGAAAAAUGUGCAAUCCCCUGACAAAGGGGAGGAAAGAACUAAUGGAACAGAUUCAUACGUUGAGAAUACAUCUAUCGAAGCCGUUGAUAAAGAAAAUCAUAGUCAAGAUAAUAAUCGGCAAUUAGCAAACGAUCGAAGAUCAUCUACGUCUUGGUUGAAAUCGAGCCUUCCGCGAAACGCAACUACAAAUCAUUCAAACGAAGAAUCAUUCGAGCAGCGUUCGCAGUUUCCUGAGAUAAACGCGUCCAUCGAGGAAGUGGUGAACAAUACUAUCACUGAAUUGCGUCCAUACUCAAAUGGUAAUCUAUCAAAUCAAGUACACUCGGAGGUCAACAAUUCCGGGGAUACGUCUUUGAAGAACAACUCUCUCGCCGAUAAAUCGUGCACGGAUAAUACACUCCAAAAUACCGAUACGAAUUCGAGCCAAGAACUGGACGAUAGUUCAUUUUGGGCGCUACAAAAUUCGAACUGGAAAAUGAAUGCGGCGAAAGUGACACUGAAACGCGUGGGUUAUUACACAAUUCCGGCACUUGAUAAGCUGGAGGAUUAUGUUUGCGGAGAAACCUGCGUCGUGCCGAAUUUCACGGUUGGUCGCGAGGGUUAUGGAAACGUAUAUUUUCCUGAUUCCUUUGAUAUUUACGGUCUCAAUUUAGACGAAAUCGUACAUUUUCGUCAUAAAGAAGUUAUCAUUUAUCCGGAUGACGAAAAAAAACCACCAGUUGGGCAAGGAUUAAAUCGUAAAGCACAAGUUACACUAGAUCGAGUAUGGCCGCAUGAUAAGACUCUGCAUAAAACAAUAACUAGCCCUCUUCGUUUGGCUGCGAUGAAAUAUGAGGAGAAGUUACGAAGAGUAUCCGCGAAACACGAUACUAAAUUUCUCGAGUACCGACCCGAGACCGGUUCGUGGGUUUUCAAGGUUGAUCAUUUCUCCAAGUACGGCUUAAGUGAUUCGGACGAAGACGACAGCAACAAUGCGAGUACGGUCAACGAUCCAAAGAGACUAAAGUUGUCCGCAGCAGCACAACAGAAAUCUGCGCACAAGUUGGAUCAAUCUAAAGUUCCUAACGGGAAGGUUGCCACCGUAAUCAAUGAUACAACGAACGAUUCGAAAAUGAAGAACAUCAAACUUCACUUUGUCGCGGAUGCGAAAGCUCACCGAAAUUCUGGUACAGCAUUACCGGUAAGCCCAACCGGCGAAACUGCUCGUGUCGCGGGUACAGACAGUCAUAAAUUGCAACUUAUGAAGGCCAAUUUCUUCGACGGUAGCGACGAGGAAAUGAACGAAGUUUAUGAACGACAAUCGAAUCGUGUCUUGCAUCUUCCUGGGCAUACAAAUUCUAUACGAUAUUUUGUCGACACUGCUCAGGACUUGGACGAGAACCAAGAAUACAAAACAGUUUACAAUUCAACAUUGCGAUCGAAUUUGACGAUUCAUCGUAUACCACCCUUCGAGUACGAAGAAUCGAUACUUUCAAAGGCAGAUAGUAAAUCGAAACGAUCGAUGGAUAUCGUUGCUAUGAAAUUGCCGAUUUAUGAAAAACAUUUCCCGGAUCCUCAAAUAGUUCCAGUGACCACAAUUCUUAAAUGGCACUCCGAAGUAAUUCCACUUUCGAAGUCUAUUAUAUAUAAGCUUAAGUCUCGCUCUGUCGCUGAUACUGGUAUACAAAUGGGAAGAAUGUUUAAACCUAGCUGGGGACCUGGAUUAACGCUACUCACAUUGAGCACGAAAAAACAGGCGGCCGAAGUACAUCUGCGUAGCCCUUUCGAACGGAUUUGGUCUUACAUGUACGGUCGCUUGCCGGAAGACAGAACUUCCGCCGCAGUUGUCCAACGUAUACAAAUUUUAGGUGGUAAUUGGACAAACGUAGAAUGCGUUCAGACGUUCGAGAAAAGUAUAGAGGGUCAUCUAAAAAUACAAUUGUCACACUGUAUAAUGGACCUAGAGGGAGACUGUCCAGUCUUCGAUGUGGAUACGGAUAUUAAUAAGGCGAGAUUGGCUUUACACUCUCAUUGUAGCUUAGCCGAAGAAUUCGCGGAUCAAUUUGCCGUCGAUAGUUUUGCUGCGUAUGUUGCUAGCGUUUGGAAACUCUGUGUGGCUCUUUGGGGGACACUGCCUGAUAUAAACGCUUGUCCUGAAAAUCCGGCAGAUCAUCAUACUGUGAUAGCGCGACGGGAAGCUAUAGGAGAAUGGUUGAAAAACGUCAUACGAAAGACUCUCGUUUGGGAUACCGCAAACAUUAAUAACGAAGAAAAGAUACUGCUUCUACUAUCUGCAUUCGAGUUAGAGGAAGCGUGCCAGGCCGCACGAGAAGUAGGGGACCAUUGCUUGGCUCUACUGAUGGCACAAAUAUGCGGUGGAAUGCCUACAAAAACAUUAAUAAAUCGACAAAUUGCAUUAUGGCAAGAUGCCGGUGCCGAUGAGAGCAUAUCGGUGGAUCGAUUGAAACUUUUUGCACUCUUCGCUGGUGAACCGCUGGUGUCCAGCAAACACGGUUCCAUCAACGUUUGCGAGGGUUUGGAUUGGAAGAGAGCAUUAGCAGUUCAUUUGUGGUAUUUUUCAUCCCCGGUUGCUUCGAUAAGAGACGCAUUAGAACUGUACGAGGCAGCCUUCGACGAAAACAAGACAACGGAUGUUUAUGCGGCUUCACCUACGCCUGAAUACAAAGGAAACGAUUACGAACUCGAACUGAAUGGCGGGAAACCAAUAUACGAUCUCUGUUUUCAUCUUUUAAAAUUAUUUUGCACUGGAAAUCACGCGUUAGGAGAACUUUUGAAUCCGGCAGCGCACACAUCUGAUCCAUUAGAUUACAGACUUAGCUGGCUGAUGCAGCAAGUACUUUUAGCUUUGGGUUACACGCAUCUCUCGGAGCACGUCGCCGCUUUAACGCAUGUUAACUUUGCAACGCAAUUAGAAGCGCACGGACUUUGGCAUUGGGCCGUAUUUGUAAUGUUACAUUUGAAAGGAGAUUCUGAGAAAAGAAAGACUGCUGUAAUGAAUUUAUUGGAACGUCACGUUGAAAUAGACGAUGACGACAUUCUUGAUUACAACGAAGAGGAACAACUGUCGAAGGAAGGGCACGAAAAACUUUCUAAGAGAAAGCAAGAACAACAUGUGAGGGAAGAACGUGAAAAAUUUUUAAGGGAAGAGCUCGGUAUACCUUCGAUUUGGAUUCAUCAAGCCAAAGCUGUGAAAAGUUACGUAGCCAAAAGAUACGACAAAGCUGCUUCUUAUUACAUUGAAGCCGAACAAUGGAAUGCUGCCCACGAGAUUAUUAUCGAAUAUUUAGCCGCAGACGCUAUUAUAAAUGAGAAUUACGAGUAUCUACGUGACUUGUUGAAGCCGUUGAAUCCCCCAGAGUGCAGCGGUACGAUAAGUGGAUGGGCAUGUCAAGGACAAUUACUUUGGGAAUAUAUGGAUAUAACUAUGGAUAUCGAAUCACUGUUACACGGUGCUGAUCCUCGUGAAAUAAGUUACAAAUUGGAAUUAUUGAAACCACGGUUGACAAGCCUUUGCUUAAAGAUUAAUCAGUUUCCCUGUCCGACUGCUAAGCAUAGGCUUUGUCAAGCGGAAAUUGCAAAGAGAACGUUGCAUCUAGCUAGAAGUUUGUUGCAAUCUAACGAAAGUAAAUCAACAGUGAUACUUCAACUGGUCUCCCAGUUGCCAUUGCCGGAAGAUUAUGCCCAACAAGAGCUACGCCCUAUCAUUAAUAUGCGUGUGAACGAGAUGAUAUCUCAGGCAGUGUAGAUCUUUUAGUGGAAAUUUGUACGAUGGAGGACAGAAUUCUUUUUUAAUUAAAUGAAAUCUCCAUGUAUUUUUACUUUUUAUAAUCUUAAUAGCAGCAACAAUAAUAAUAUUGGUGAUAAUGAUAGCGUUGACAAUAACGACGCUGAUGAUAAUGGCGACGGCGACGAAAAUAAUAGUAUUAGUAAUCGUCAUGUUGUACGGAUAUAAAUAAUAAUAGCAAUAAUGAUAAUGAUACUAAAACAGUAUAUAUUUAAGAUUAAUAAGUCCAGUAUAUAAGAAUGUUUGUGUUAUAUUGUUACGUAAGAUAUACUACAUCAAUUUUUCAAAUAAAUAAACGAGAUCUGGAAAAAGGACAAGAAGAUCAAGUAAACAAAUUUAAGAAUGGAAAUUUGAAUAUUUGGGAGAUUUUUUCGUUGCUUAAUGCGUAAUAGGUUCUGGAGUUUCACAUUUUGUUACAAGAACUUCGAUAAUGUUAUUGGGCUUGAUGUUCAAACAAACUUUUAAAGCCAAUCGUACUUUCAAUGAUACAUAUUUUCGAUAUGGGCAGCCGUUAGCCCUUUGCAGUCAUGUGUGAAUCGAUUCGAAUCUAUCAACUAUUUAUUUUAUAUUUGUUUAUCUAACAACUAUUUUAUCAAUGUUUGUAAUAUAAUGUGAUUAAAACAAGUCAAUCGUGUUUAAAUUACACUGG